AUGGAGUCGUGCAAUGCUAAUUGCACUUUCAGCAAAAAACAAGGUCGGAUUUAUCACAGAACUAUUGACAAGCCAAAGGAUAACAUGCUGUCUGCUUGGAAAUGCAACAACGAUGUCAUUAUUUUAUGGAUAAUGAACUCUGUAUCUCGUGACAUUGCUGCUAGUCUCGUCUAUUCAGAUUCAGCGAGUGACAUAUGGAAUGAACUUCGAGAUCGUUUUCAACAGAGUAAUGGACCGAGAAUUUAUCAAUUACGAAAGGAAUUUGUUACUAUAGAGGCUUACUAUACAAAACUAAAAACUGUUUGGCAAGAGUUGAGCGAAUACCAUCUUUCGAACGCUUGUACUUGCGGAGGUUUGAAGCAAGUUUUGAAUCAUUUCAAUUCUGAAUAUGUCAUGAUGUUCCUAAUGGGACUCAAUGAAUCCUAUGCCGGAGUUCGGGCACAAAUCUUGUUUAUGGAUCCUAUGCCUCCUAUAAAUAAGGUAUUCUCUCUUCUAAUUCAAGAGGAAAAUCAUAGGUCUGUUCGUAACAUGAUCUUUUCUCCAGAUUCAAUCGCACUUGCUGCUAAGGAAGUAUCAAAACGGCCUCAAAAUGAUCGAUUCCGUAAAAAAGAGUUUCAACGCCCUUUCUGUACACACUGCGGGAUCAAAGGACACAUUAUUGAAUGUUGCUAUAAACUUCAUGGUUAUCCACCAAGAUAUAGACAACGCAGCCCUACUCCAACUUCGUCGAAUUCUAUAUCGACUUCUCCUGCUUUAUCUUCAGCAGAUAAACAAAUUCCAUCUUAG